AUGAAUGGUGAUGAAGAUGAGCUGUCCUAUUUGAACGACUUUCAAGAGAUUUUGCAGUCUGAAGUUUAUGUGGACUUGGAGAGAUUACGUAUAUUAGCUAGACACGGCGUGCCCGACCAACUACGAGGGGAAGUUUGGAAAUACUUGCUAGGCGUACAACAAGCAGAUCGUUCCAAAGAAUUAAGUUCAAGUAAGGCAAGGACAGAAGAAUACGAUCAAUUAGACAAGAUAGACAGUGAAACAGCCAAACGGAUUCGAGGAGAAGUGAGUCGGUUUCAGCGUAGAGUGCCCGAAUUAGAUGGAAAUGAGCAUGUUCAGUCGUUUGUCAAUAUCAUUUUAGCUUACUUGAACAGCAAUCAUGAUGUUGAAUACAAUUCCAGCCUAGUGUCAUUGUGUGCACCCUUCAUCUAUGUCAUGGAGACCGAAUGCGACGCCUUUUUCUGCUUUGAGCGGUUGAUGCAAGCGAUAGAGGAGUACAACACAAACAUCAGCUUGAAGGAGCAAGUGGCUCAGUUCAUGACACUGUUUAGAUGUGGAUUAUCCGAGCUAUGUAGCUAUUUUGACGAGGAGGAGGUUGAUUUGAAUGAAUGGUCGACAUCUUGGCUACAAAAUCUGCUGGCCAAAGAGAUGAGAUUCGAGAAUCUGGUUCGACUGUGGGAUACCUAUUUCGCAAUGACAGAUCCGUUUGCAUUUCAUCCGUUUGUGUGUCUCUCCAUCCUACUAAGCGCCAAAGAAGCCCUUGAAGAUUUAGAACAAUCCGAGAUUAGAACCAUGCUACUUCGACUACCGUUAUUGAACAUGGAAAUGAUCAUUGCAGACGCAUAUAACUUUAGACACGAAACCAUCGAGAGACAAAUGAGUGAAAAUGGAGAAUUAUAG